AUGAGGAUAAUUAAGGAGAACAAUCGCAUGGUAUUGGUAGUGAUGAUUAUUAUAUUAGCAGAUAUACAAGGAAAAUGGAGAUGUGAUGGUUGCUUGGAGGAUGAGAAAAAUGCUCUUUUGGAAAUCAAGGCUUUCUUCAAUUAUCCUGAUGGUCAUUUCCUCUCUUCUUGGGGGCUCUAUCCUGAUUGCUGCAAUUGGAGUGACGUGGUUUGCAAUACUAUUACAGGACAAGUUACAGAACUCAAUCUUUAUUAUAUUAAGAUUUGGAAUUCAAAAGAUCGGUACAUAAAUGCCUCUUUAUUUCUUCCUUUCCAAGAACUAACUUAUCUCGAUAUUGGCAGAAAUAACAUAGUUGGUUGCAUCAAAAAUGAAGGUUUUGAACGGCUAGCAAGCCUUAAAAAUUUGGAGUUUCUGGAUUUAAGUUACAACAACUUCACCAACGACAUCUUAUCAUCUCACUCUGCUCUUUCAGCCUUAAAAGUUUUACAUUUAAGGGGUAAUAAGUUGAGAGGAAAACUUAACGUUAAAGAAUUGGAUGCUUGGAGCAAACUGCAGGAGCUGGACUUGAGUGAAAACGAGAUUGAUGAAUUUGUUUCAUCAGCAGGUAUAAUAUAA